AUGCAGGAAAGCAGUUGACUUGGACCCUUUGCAACCCUUACUGCAAAAAUAUAUUAAUUUUUUGGAAGCCGAAGUUCUUCCAUCUACUUCAGAAUCUCCAAGGCCUAGGGUGCAGCUCAAAAGAGCCGAUAUAUGGCUUGGAUUUAAAUCACUGUAUCCUUGGAUUUCUUGAUGCACCUGCUUUCGAAGAUGGAAUCUUGGAGAGAUACCCUAUAUUCCUGAAUAUUGUACUUAACCAUGUCAGUGAUGAUAGAUCUGAUUUAUCAUGUGCUGUUAGUUGCCUGAAAGCAUCAUUUGAAAUGCUUGGUUGCAAACUUUGGUUGAGAACAACCCUAUCACCUAAUGUCAUGCGGAACACAUUGUUGGGCCAUUGUUUUCAUACUAGAGAUGAGAAAAGCCACAAAGAAAUUUUUGACCUUUUCCUCCCAUUUCUCCAGUCACUUGAAGCACUGCAAGACGGUGAUCAUGAAAAGCAAAGGAGGAACAUACUGUAUUUUCUUCUUUAUCAAGUAACUCGGAGUAGUAACUUCAGUUCUCUGAUGAGAAAAACCGCUACUAAGAUUGCUCUUCUUAUUGUACAAAGAGGGUACACAAUGAACCCUCCUUGCCCAGCAUCUGAAUGUGUCCAUAUGUGGGGACCAUCUUUGAUUGGCUCAUUAAAGGACAAAUCAUUACAUAAUUCUUUGCGUCAACCUGCACUCGAUCUCAUCAAUAUCCUCAUAAUUUCUGAUGCUUCUGCUUUGAUCUCUUUUAAAAUGAAGUAUGAGUCUUUCACAAAGGGCGAUGUAAUCAAUUCUGUCAUAUUUGUUGAUGAUGACGAUGAAUUGCCUGUCUUCUGUGAUGCUGAAGAGAUGGAUUACGGCUGUUGGAAUGAUUUCAAUGUUCUGUACAAGUUGACAUGUCGGGAAUGCAAGGAUUGGAGAUGUGUCCCUUUGUUAUGGUACCUCAUAAUGGUUCAGUUGGAACCUUCUGAACUGCCCAUGGCCUUUUCAAAAGCAGUGUUUUGGGCUCUAUCUCAUAUUUCUGUGUUGGAGCCUGGAGUAUCUACAGAGUCUUCAGUGCCUGUGAAUGAUUGGUUGUCAUCACAUGCUGGAGAAGUAUUGCCAACAUUUUCAUGGCAAGUCCCAAAUGGUGCAGAUGAUGGUGGAGUUGGGAAGGAGUGUAUCAAUACUCUCAAGGUGUCACAAUCUUGUACCCUGCUAUUAAAAAUAUUUAAAAGAUUUGCCAUUCAUGUCAUCAUGCAAAUUGAGCAACGUGGGCUUCUAAAGCAAUGGGGCUUGGGAAUCAAUGAUGGCGGAAAGCUUGAUUUUGACACUAGUUGAUCAUAAUGAUAAUCUGCGGCAAGUUGGGCGAGCUGUCUUGGAGCUUGCGUCACAAGGACGGGGUUUGACAUCUGGGCUUCAAUUUCUGUGCUCGAGUGCAUCUUCCCUGACUGCCACAUUUUUGGGUCUAAGAUAUGCAGUUCAAUCGGUAAGAUUUUGAUUUUUUUACAUUUAUUUUUAUUGAUGUUGGGAAUUUCCUGGUUGCUGGCUGGUGGGUACAGGUUUCUGGCGCUGGCAGGAGGAACCCCACCAGGAAUAAUAGUUAAAAGUUUUAGGCUCAAAUUUGAAUAAGAAACAAUUGCCUGAUGAGACUGUCCAGUUAUCAACUACAAACCAAUGAAUACCAUGAAAGAUCAGAGCACAGAGAUUUGCAAACAGAUUUCACAUUGCAGUUCAUUUGAUGAUUCAUCUUUGCUAGUUUCUAAUGGUUCAUUCAAUAAUAGUUCCGCAAUAGAUGUCAUAUUAGUGUCUCAUAUUGUUUGCUUUGGCACCAAUUUUUUUAGCAUGUUUUUUUUAGACAGAAGGCCAACGGCCCAGCUUAUAUUGAAAGCUAGAGGUUUUACAUCGCUGGGGGUUACCCAGUUCAACAGCUACACAAAAACAGGGGGGGUAGUGAUCCUUACAUCAGC